GAGUGCAACAAUUGAGUACAAAACUCCUAUGAGACUUGCAAAGGAUGAUUUGUUGCAGUAUAGUCGGAGAAAGCAAGGCACUAAUGUUCAGCAAGGCACUAAUGUUCCUAUGAGCCAACCACUCAAUCCUUCUCCAGUUCAUCCAGUAAAUUCAUCUUCAGGGAAUGAUCCAGAUGAGGCCUCUCAGCUGAAGAAAUAUUUAGCCAAGGAGUUUGAGAUUAAAGAUCUUGGAAGACUCAAAUACUUUCUUGGCAUUGAAGUUGCUCGGUCACCUACUGGUAUUUUCAUAUCCCAAAGGAAAUAUAUCUUGGAUUUACUGAAAGAAAUAGGGAUGUUAGGGUGUAAACCUACUAAUACUCCCAUUGAGGCAAGUCAAAAACUAAUGGCUGGUGUAGGUCGAAAAGUGGACAAGGAGAGAUAUCAAAGACUUGUUGGAAGAUUAAUUUAUUUGACUCACAUGAGACCAGAUGUUACUUAUGCCGUAAGCAUAGUAAGUCAGUUUAUGCAUGAUCCUAGGACUUCUCAUAUGGAAGUUGUUUACAGAAUCUUGAGGUACUUCAAAUCUAGUCCUAGGAAGGGUCUCUUGUUUGCAAGGAAUGGCUAUCUCAAAAUUGAUGGUCACUUAAAAAUUGAAGCUUAUACAGAUGCAGAUUGGGCUGGAUCUAUUGAUGAUAGAAGGUCCACUAUGGGAUAUUACAAGUUCAUUGGAGGAAAUUUAGUUAUUUGGAGGAGUAAGAAGCAAACAAUAGUGUCUAGAUCAAUUGCAGAAGCUGAGUACCGAGCGAUGGCUAGUGGUGUGUGUGAAGUAUUGUGGUUGAGAGGGAUUAUGCAUGAGUUGGGACUUAUGCAGAAAAAUCCAAUAUUGUUGUAUUGUGACAGUAAGGUUGCCAUCAAUAUUGCUCAUAAUCUGGUGCAACAUGACAGAACAAAGCACAUUGAAGUUGCUCGACAUUUUAUUAAGGAGAAACUCUUGAAUGUUGAUAUUUGUAUACCUUUUGUGAGGUUUGAAGAUCAGCUUGCUGAUGUCCUUACAAAAGGUCUUAGCAGCAGAGUUUUUGAGAGUAUUAUAAGCAAGAUGAGCAUGAGUAACAUAUAUGCUUCAUCUUGAGGGGAAGUGUUGUAAAAAUACUGUAUAGAGGGCUAUUUCUAUAAAUUUGUAUUUUCUGGUCAGAUAUAUAUAAAAAGACUGGUGAACCCUAGUUGGGGAUAAACCGCACAAA